AUGGUCCGGUGUGACUCCGCCGCGCUCUCCUACGUCGCCCUCAGCGCUCUCUUCAGUGGACUCGUCAUUCACAAAUUCAUUAAGAACAAGGUGAAGAUAGAAAAUGCUGCCGUGUCUUGUCUGCUGUCCCUGCUCUUGCUGGAGAUCAUCUGCUGCUGCGUCCUCUGCAGCCGUCUGGGUCUCCCCCUCUUCAUCAUGGCGUGCGCCCUCUAUUACCUCUCCAUACCUGUCCGAAGGAUGCUGGCGGCUGAAGACAAGACGGUGCUCAUCACAGGGUGUGAUUCGGGACUUGGACACGCACUAGCCAAGUACUUGGAUCAACAAGGUGUUCUUGUCUAUGCCGGUGUUUUGGAUAAGAAAGGGCAAGGUGCCGAAGAACUUAGGAGGGUUUGUUCUCCGCGGCUUUCUUUGAUCCAACUUGAUGUCACAAACCCAGGACAGAUAAAGACUGCUUACAGUGAGGUCAGAAGUCAGGUGCAAGAUGCAGGUCUCUGGGGUAUUGUGCACAAUGCUGGGGUUCUCGGCUACGUGGCAGAUGCAGAACUGCUGCCCAUAAGUGUCUACAAGCAAUGUAUGGAUGUGAAUUUCAUUGGCGUUGUUCAAGUCACUAAGAUGUUUAUGCCCUUACUAAGGAAAGCCAAAGGAAGACUGGUGACCAUAUGCAGCAUGGCGGGACACUCUCCGAUUCCUGGUUUUGCAGCCUACGCAGCAUCUAAGGCAGCUCUGUCCAUGUUUUCUGCAGUGAUGCGCCAAGAUCUCUUCAAGUGGGGAGUGCAAGUGUCUGCCAUCCACCCAAGUGGUUUCAAAACAAAUAUUUUUGGAUCUCGAGAACACUGGUCAAGUCUAGACCAGAACAUUCUAGACAACAUCAUGCCAGACGUCAAAGAAGAUUACGGAGAGGAAUAUCUUGCGAGUUUGAAGGACCUUCACCAUACCAUGUCUACAGUCACCUCCUCAGACCUGUCUCCAGUCCUGGAGGAUGUGUGCCAUGCUCUUCUGGCUCGAGAACCCUACUUCUCCUACACCCCAGGCAGGGGUGCGUAUCUCAUCCCAUGUUUAUUCCGCUAUUUCCCUCUCUGGGUUUAUGAUAACUUUGCAAAACAAACCUUCCAAAUCCACCGGAAUAUCCUACCAAGAUCCCUGCAGAUAUCCAAAGCUAAUAAUAAAAUGGCCUAG